AUGAAAUGUGUUGUUGACUUAUCAAAAGUAGACUUAUUUGGUUCACUUGAAGGGAAAACACACCAUGUAGAUCCUUCAAUUCAAGCACUAGAACAUCCAAACAAGCUCAAAAAGAUAAAAUUCAUCCCAACAAGAAGAUACUACUGUAAGGCAAGGAUACGAAUAAAAUUGGAUAAUGAAAGUGGACUAUAUUAUAUUAAGCAGCACAUCAUCUUGCACACACAUGAGCUUACAAGGGCUAAAUGGCAGCACCUUCAUCAUUUUGAAAGGCAUGUAUCAGUUGCAGAGAAGAUUGAUACCAUUAAAUCAUUUGAAGAGACAAGCAUCAGUCAAACCACUGCUUAUAGAUAUUUGUCUCAAGAUGCAGGAAGUGAUGAGUACGUUAGGCAUACACUAUCCGAUCAUAUAAACUAUGUAAAUAGGUUGAGAAUCAAAGCAAUAGAAGGGGGUGAUGCUCAGACGGUAAUUGACAAGCUGAUGGAAGAAUCGGAAAAGGAUCCCGAUUUUUACUAUCGUGUAAAAUUGAAUGAACAAGGACAACUUAUAGCUCUAUUUUGGAGUGAUAGUAUGAUGAGGGAGGACUACAAAAUUUACAGAGAUUUUGUCAUAUUUGACACAACCUACCGCACCAAUCGCUAUAAUCUUAUAUGUGGUUCAAUAAUGGGGAUUAUUAAUCAUUGGAAAAUUGUUAUGUUUGGGUGUGCAUUUAUCGCCGACGAAAAAGUGGAAUCAUUUGAAUGGGUUCUUGGUCAAUUUAAGAAGGUUAUUACCAACAAAUCCUCAAUGUCAAUCUUCACUAAUCAAGACUUUGCGAUGUCAAAAGCAAUUGAAAAGGUGAAAAAUAUUUGGUCUUGUUUUUCCGGAUGGAAAGCAGUUUCACGAUUUGGAUCGUUGAAGUCAAAUGCAGCCUUUAAGGAAGCAUUUCAUAGAUGCUUGAUGGAUGCAAUAGUGAAGAUGAAUUUAAUGAGUGUUGGGAUAAUAUGCAACAAAAACCACAAGUUUGACGCAAUUUUAAAGGAUUUUUCAAAAUACCGUAGAACGAUGGAGGAAAAGAGAGAUGGAAGCAGAAUUUUACUAUUCAAGAACAACACUAACAUCAAGUCUGCGUAUUUUCGGUUUUCUCAAACAUGCAGCCGAGAUUUCGAAGAGGAGUUCAAAGUAUUUAUAUCGUGUUAUGUGGUCGAAAUCACUCAAGACAAUGGGUUGAAAGUAUAUAGCUGCCAAAUGAGUAUGGAUAAUUGGAUAUCAUAUAAUUUUCUUAAACUUUUCAAUUCAAUUCCUAUUAAGGAAAUACAAUACCAUUUGAAAAGAAAAUGCUAUCUCCAAAGUGCUCUUAGGUGGUUUCAAGUUUCAACACGGACAGAAGCUGAUUCUCCAUCGUGA